GUUGUCGCCACGAAUGAUCCCAAUUACCAGACAUUAGCUGGCCUAGAUCAAAACCAGGUGUUCGGAGCAGACAAAAAGAAAUCAUGGCAUCCACCAAUCCGUGCAGGUGAAAAGAAAGUCGUCGCCACAAAUGAUCCCAAUUACCAGACUCUUUGUGGUUUGGAUCAAGAGGCGGCGUUCGGUCCGGAUAAGAAGAGAACAUGGAAACCGCCGAUUAUCGCUGGUGAAAACAAAAUUGUGCCUACGAAUGAUCCCAAUUAUCAGGUUGAUGGCUAUUUCAAUGCACCUCCUUCUAAGGACAACCACCAAAAAAUGAAAUUCUUCCUUUUUCAAGAUGAAAUGAGAAUAUAUCGCUUCACUAAUUCAUAA